UUUGGCAAGCUUCGGACCGGAUGUUUACCAAUAUCCCCAAAUUCCCUUCCUAGGGCAAAAUUCUUUCCUGUGGGAAUUCAACACUUGGGAUUAUCUUAACCAUCGGAUCAAUGGUCGUUGUGUCAAGAGAGGCGAUCCAGAUACAGGUGGUUCUUCGCAUUUAAAAUUGAUUAAUGAUUGAUUCCUUUGGUCCGCAUGGAGCUACACAUGAAGCUAGCUCAGGCAGUCCACGUUCUGAAUCACGAUACCCAAUCGUGUAACCGCGUUGCUGCAAAUCAAUGGCUGGUUCAGUUCCAGCAAACCGAUUCAGCUUGGGACAUUGCCACGUCUAUCCUCACCUUCGACCAUCACGAGCCAUUUGUUUCUGGUUACGAAGUUGAGUUUUUUGCUGCUCAGAUUCUGAAGCGAAAGAUCCAAAAUGAAGGACGCAAUUUGCAGUUAGGAGCAAAAGAUGCUCUGCUAAAUGCUCUUCUUUUAGCUGCUAAAAGAUUUACUUCAGGUCCUCCUCAGCUCUUAACACAAAUCUGUCUUGCUCUCUCUACACUAAUACUUCAUGCUGUAGAGCAUGGAAAACCUAUCGAGAAGCUAUUCUACAGUCUUCAGAGUUUACAAAAUCAGGAUAAUGGAGACAUUGCUGUUCUAGAGAUGCUCACAGUCUUGCCAGAGAUUAUCGAGGAUCAGAAUGCUGAUUGCAGCUUAAGCAUUGCUUGGCAUUAUGAGUAUGAGCGCGAGCUUCUUGCAUAUACUCCAAUGGUUCUUGAGUUCAUACUGCAGCAAAAUGAGAAGAUCUUUGGCAGUGGUGCUGAACACCAUGACAGGAACAGAAAGAUAUUGCGUUGCUUGUUAAGUUGGGUUCGAGCUGGGUGCUUUUCGGAGAUCCCUUUAAGCUCAUUGCCAGCUCAUCCAGUUCUUAAUUUUGUUUUCAAUUCCUUGCAGGUUUCGUCUUCAUUUGAUCUGGCUGUUGAAGUUCUUGUUGAACUCGUGAGUCGACAUGAGGGACUACCACAGGUUUUGCUAUGUAGAGUUGGAUUUCUCAAGGAAGCAAUUCUUAUUCCUGCUCUUAACAGUAGGGAUGAAAAACCAAUAGGAGGUCUUGCUUGUCUGAUGUCAGAAAUUGGUCAAGCUGCGCCAUCUUUGAUUGUCAAAGCAAGUUCUGAAGCACUUGCGCUGGCAGAUGCCCUCUUGAGUUGUGUGGCAUUUCCGAGUGGUGACUGGGAGAUCGCAGACUCAACUUUGCAGUUUUGGUGUACUCUUGCAAGCUACAUUCUUGGACUUGAAGUGGAUAAUGCAGAAAAUAGGAAAAAUUUAGAACGACUUUUUCCUGUUUUCUUUGCAUUGCUUGAUGCUCUUUUUAUUUAUUUAGAAUUUAGCCAGGUUGAUGAUUCCACAUAUAAUGAUGAUAGUAAAACUGUUGACCUGCCUGACAGCCUCGUGCAAUUUAGGAUGAAUUUGAUGGAAAUUUUGGUCGAUAUAUGUCAGCUAAUACGAUCUACUUCAUUUAUUCAAAAGAUCUUCGCUGGAAGUUGGACGUCUUCUGGCAUACAUAUUCCUUGGAAAGAGGUGGAAGCCAAAUUAUUCAUGCUUAAUGCAGUUGCUGAAGUGGUUCUUAAGGAAGGACAGCCUUUUGAUGUCUCUGUUCUUAUGCAUUUGGUGACAAUUUUGUCCAGUAGGACUUGUGAUGCCCGCAAGGGCUUUAUGUGCCUUGUAUACAAAUCGCUUGCGGAUGUUACGGGUUCCUAUGCCAAGUGGAUAUCAGCUUCCCAAAGCAACACAAGACCAUUUCUACUAUUUCUUGCGAAUGGGAUAUCAGAACCUGUUUGUUCGAAUGCUUGUGCUUAUGCAUUUCGCAAAUUAUGUGAAGAGGCUGCUGCAAUGUUGUGUGAACCUUCCAAUUUGGAAAUCUUAAUUUGGAUCGGAGAGGGAUUGGAAGAGAGGGAAUUGUCCUUGGAGGAUGAGGAUGAAGUAGUCAGUGCCAUCACACUAGUAUUUUGCUCCAUCCCUGAUAAGAAGCUGAUGAAUAAUUUGUUGGCUAGGUUGCUGUCUCCUUCUUAUGAAGCUAUCGGAAAACUUAUUGAAGAAGAUUAUGGACAUUAUUUGAGGCAACAUCCGUCUACUUAUACUCUACUGAUGAACUCUGCAACAAGAGGGCUAUAUAGGAUUGGAACCAUAUUCAUUCAUCUUGCAACAGAUUUAUCUCCUGUUAUGGCUUCAGAUGAUUCUGCCCUUGCUUUACUAGGGAUAUUUUGGCCAAUGCUUGAGAAACUUUUUCGAUCGGAGCAUAUUGAAAAUGCAAUUUUGUCUGCAGCUGCUUGCAGGGCUCUCUCACACGGAAUUCAGUCAUCAGGUCAGGAUUUUACAACACUCUUGCCAAAAGUGCUUGAUUGUAUCUCAACAAACUUUGCAGCAUUCCCUAGUCAUGAAUGCUACAUAAAAACAGCAUCCAUUGUUGUUGAAGAAUUUGGCAGUAAGGAGGAAUAUGGAUCUCUAUUCAUCAGUACUUUUGAACGAUUUACUUGUGCACCAUCAGUAUUGGCUAUUACUUCUUCAUAUAUAUGUGAUCAAGAGCCUGACUUGGUCGAGGCAUACACAAAUUUUGCAUCUUCAUAUGUGCGCAGCUGUUCAAAGGAUGUAUUAGCGUCUUCUGGUUCCCUUUUCAAAGUGUCCUUGCAAAAGGCUGCAAUAUGUUCUACAGCGAUGCACCGUGGUGCGGCACUUGCAGCAAUGUCAUAUUUGUCAUGCUUCUUGGAUGUAGGACUUGCUUCUUUGGUGGAAUCUAUGACAUGUAUAUCUGAAGGAUCUGUGCAAGAUAUGGUGACAAGGGUUAUAUCUCAUAGUGGUGAGGGUCUUGUAUCGAAUCUGGUGUAUGCCCUGCUUGGUGUUUCUGCAAUGUCAAGGGUACAUAAAUCCGCAACAAUACUCCAACAAUUGGCUGCAAUGUGCAGUUUAAGUGAAAGAACAACUCGGAAGGCUAUUCUUUGCUGGGAACUUUUACAUGGAUGGCUAUAUUCUGCGGUGAAAAUGCUGCCUGCUGAGUACCUAAAACAGGGAGAAGCUGAAUCUCUAGUGCCUGUUUGGCUGAAUGCUCUUGUUGCUGCGGCUUCAGAUUAUCUCGAGAGCAGACAAUCUGGAGGGGGAAACAAUCACGGGCAUAUGCAAGGAAAAGGGGGACGGGUUUUGAAGCAAUUAAUUAGAGAAUUUGCCGACAAUCAUCGCAAUGGCCCAAAGUGACAUGAUAUGAUAUAUUUUCCUCAGUCAAACACUGAUUCAUUGCAAUUCACUUGAGGCUAUGAAUUUGAAGACUCUUAUCUAGAGGUGAAGAUGCUGUGCCUGAGCAUGGCAAAAUGUUGAGGCAUGUCGCGAGACCUUCAACAGAGAUUAGUGGCGGUCUGAGAUUUUUGUACAGUACGCUCCCCCCCCCCCCCCACCCCC